AUGUGGGAUAGAGCUACCAAAGAUGAGCUCGUAAGAGCCGAACUGCGACACGAGGAACUCCGCGAGAAAGUCCAGGAUGUUAUACAGCACGGCGGUAAACUAGUCAGGCUAUCAGCUGUAGAGAUAGAUGCAGGAAAAAUACUUCAACACAUCGUGGGAAAAAGCAGGAGGCUAACACUGGCGUUCCAGCGAGAGUUGGUAGAUGAGAAUCAGCUCAUCCAUGAGACGCGGGCCGGUCAAGUCUUGUUUGAGGAUCUGAAAGAAUCGUUCGAGACAUUACAAGCCAAGAUUGACGAUGCGCGUGGAAGAUUAGCCAAGAUGGCUCAUAAUUCCCGGAGAGACGAGUUGCACGAGCUUGAAGAUGCCAUCAUCGAGAUGAAUGCGAACAUGCGGUCCGUGGACGAAGACAUGGAGCGUACGAAAGUAAACCUCCGCGACAUCCGGAUGGUAUGGGACAAGAAUCUUGCACGAGAUGAUAAAACGAUUCUGGCGAGCGCGCAACUUAUCGAGCGGCGAUUGGAGACCGAGCGUCGUCAGCAGGAAGUCAGAAGUGAUGCCCAAACACCUUCACCCGACGACGGCUACGAAGCCUCAAGUGCAGGAUUUUCUUCAGCAAAUACACUGCAAACCUCGCAAAGCUACAUGUCGCUCAGGUUGGAACAGCUGGAGAAAGAACGCGACGCGCUUACGUAUCAAAUGGGCCAAAGACUGAAUAGACGAUACACGGCGCCGCAUGGACGAGGGGCGACGAGGAUAGGAGCCAUAGGCGCUGGUCUAGCUGUAGCCCAGCUCGUCGUAGCAAUGGCGUGCACGGUGAUGUGA